AAAGAACAGUUCUUAUACGUAAUAGUGCAUAAUGUUCAUCAGCUGAUCAAGCUGAUUUAUACGCAGGGUGUUUUUAUGUUUAUUUUCUUCAUUAGACAACAAGCAAUAUUUUUUAGUAUCAUGCAACACCGGUUCGAAACGUAAUAAUAUUUCGAUUGCAUUUGCUCAAGAGUAAUUCCGAUAAAUUGCGAUGAGCCGACAAGUUGUUCUGAAGCUUUACAAGGACAUUUUGAGGUACGGUGAAACAUUGAGGUUCACGAACAAGAAGUACUUCCGAUAUAAAAUACGGACGGCUUUCCGGGAUAAUAAAGAUCUUACCGAAGAGGCGGCGAUAAAUUUUCAAUUGAAGGGUGUAAGAUUUUUGGAAACUAAAAGAGUGGUGUAAAUUGCGUUUCGCUAUAACAAGAAACUAAGUAUAAAAAUAAAAAAUGUUGAAAAG